AUGGGCCUGCUCGGCUCCUUCGUCCUGCUAUCCUCUCUCUUCCUUCAAGCACAGGCCAUUGGUCAAGCUCCAUGUCUUGCGUUCACCUCUUCAGCCGGCUCGUUCCCUCUCGUCGCAUCCGGUGUUGCAGCACCCAUCAUCGCGAGUGCCGAUGACGACCCAGGUGUAUUGCGCGUAGCAGCAGACUUGCAGAACGACAUCGCCAACGUCACUGGUGUUCGGCCAGAGCUACUAUUAUGGAACUCUACGUCCACCUCCCUCCCAAGCACGGCGGUGCUCGUGGGGACGUACAGCACCAGUUUGAUGAUCGCGGUAUCGUCCCACGCCAACCUGAGCACUGCUGGGUUUGUGGACCAGUGGGAGGUCUAUGAUGCUACUGUCGUGUCUUCCCCUUUGCCGGGCGUGAGCAAUGGCUAUGUCAUGCGCGGCUCGGACCGUAGAGGGACGAUAUAUGCUAUAUAUGAGCAUUCAGAACAGAUGGGCGUCAGUCCGUGGUACUGGUGGGCAGACGUGCCGAUCAAACAGAACGCGGAAGUGCACGCAACCGGCUGUGCUCAUGGAUCGCCAAGUGUGCAGUAUCGUGGUAUCUUCCUGAAUGACGAGCAACCUGCACUCCAGUCCUGGGCUCAGUACACGUUCACAAACGGCACAGGCGCGCCGUUCAACCAUUACUUCUAUAGCCAUUUGUUUGAGCUGAUCCUUCGGCUGAAAGGGAACUUACUUUGGCCGGCACAGUGGGCCGGCAUGUUUGGCGUGGACGAUCCGGAAAACCAACCUCUUGCCAACUACUAUGGCGUGGUGAUGUCGACAUCCCACGAGGAACCUAUGAUGCGCAGUACACCGAACGAAUGGAACACGUUUGGCUCAGGUCCUUGGGACUUCAAUACCAACGCUGCGAACAUCACGGCCUUCUGGACCGAAGGCGCGGAAAGGGCAAAACUGUAUGAGAGCUUGUACAGUGUUGGUAUGCGAGGAAAUGGAGACCUGCCGCUCGGACCAGCAACGAAUAUCGCACUGCUGGAGAAGGUCAUUGCAACCCAACGUGGAAUCAUCUCGUCGGUCUACAAUGUCUCGGACCCUUCUGUCAUCCCGCAGGCAUGGUGCCUGUACAAAGAGGUCGAAGAUUAUUGGGACAGUGGGAUGACUGUGCCUGACGAUAUUAUUCUUUUGUGGGCAGACGAUAACUGGGGCAACGUCCGCCGCUUGCCUACGGGAAAUGAGACUUCCCGACGUGGGGGAGCAGGAAUGUACUACCAUUUCGACUACGUCGGUGCCCCGAGGGAUUACAAGUGGAUUCGCUCGACGCAACUCGCCAAGGUCUGGGAGCAGAUGCACCUCACUUAUGAGAGACAGGCGUCAAAGUUGUGGGUCGUCAAUGUCGGUGAUUUGAAGCCAUAUGAACAAGAUAUUGAGUUCUUCCUCACUUACGCAUACAAUGUUUCGCGCUGGAACCAAUUCAACCUAAACGACUUCGCUCUCGCCUGGGCCCAGCGUGAGUUCGCUCUCCCGCCAGAGCAGUCACAAAGCAUCGUCGACAUUAUCAGCAAUGUAACUCAAUUCAACGCGAGACGCAAACCGGAGCUACUCAACAGCACGACCUACAGUUUGACGAACUACGGCGAGGCCGGUCACAUUCUUGACACUUAUGCGGUGCUCAAUGCUACUUCAUGGGCAAUAUGGAAUCAGCUCGAUCCUGCCUUCCAACCGGCGUACUUCCAGCUGGUACACCAUCCUUUACAGGCGAGCUAUACGCUCCAGAAGAUGUAUAUCUAUGCCGGGAUGAACAACCUCUACGCUGGUCAAGCUAGACUGGACACGAACUGGCUGAAUGAUGAAGUCGCCAUGCUAUUUGAGCAGGACUAUGAUCUGGAGCAUCAGUACCAUACGAUGCUUGAUGGGAAAUGGCAACACAUCAUGGAUCAAUCGCAUAUGGGUUAUGCGUAUUGGCAGCAGCCGAUGCAAAAUUCCAUGCCUUUUGUUAGUAGGGUACCCAGUCGCAAGACCGCUUUGCCCGGAGCAAUGCGUAUCACCAUUGAUGGCUCACUCGGUGCUUGGCCGGGAGAUGAUCAGUACGAUUGUUCCCAAAUGUACAGCUGUCCAACUUCUUCCAUGCUUCCGUUCGACACGUACGGGCCGGUGACCCGAUGGGUGGAUAUCAGUGCUGGGGGACCUGCUAUGUUUAAUUGGACCGCUUCGUCCAACGUUACUUGGCUCUCUAUAUCCCAGACCUCUGGAACUAUUGUUCCUGUGAGCGGUACAAAUACGACAACACGAAUCUGGCUCUCUGUCGAUUGGUCUCAAGUCAAUGCGUCGGUAGGAUAUGCGCAGAUUAAUUUUCAAUCGAGCUCUGCCUCACAGUACUUGCACAAUGAGGCGAUGGCUAACCAGCUAGUGCCGUUCUACGUUCAAGCGUACCAUACCGCUGCUCCGAGCAACUUUUCUGGUUUUGUUGAAGGUGAUGGGUAUGUUGCAUGGGAUGCGGCUCAUGCCACACGUAACAAUACGGUGGAUGAUGCUUACUGGGGUAUCCUGCCUAAUUACGGUCGCAAUUCGACUGGUGCAACGCCUUUCCCUGUCGCAGGCAACAACUUCUCGGCUGGAACCGGGCCAAAUCUCCAGUACGACUUCUACCUUUUCAAUACCAUCGGCGGAAAUGCGACUACAAAUGGGAAUAUCACCGUAACUGCUGUGAUGUCUCCAUCCCUAGAUAAUCAUGGCUACAUGGAACCGCUCGGUUAUGCGCUUCAGUUAGAUAACACGCCCCCGAUUUCCGUUUAUCCCAUUCUGAUCGUAUCCGCCUCUGUUCAACCUCCGGGUUGGGAUACCCCAGAUGGAUGGGUCGCAAACAGCAUGAUCAACACAACAAUUCAAUUCAAUAGUACGGCGUUGGGGAAACACACGCUCACGCUCUGGCAGAUUGAACCUGGGGUAGUGAUGCAGAAAUUCAUCAUCAACACCGGCGGGCUGCGGUAUUCGUAUUUAGGACCUCCUGAGAGUGUGUACGUGUGA